AUGCCUUCACCUGUUCGCAACAGCAGAUACAAAGCUGCUGUUCGAGAACAAAGAGUGCGAGCCAUCACUGCAUGCGAGUACUGCCGUCAAAAAAAACUCAAAUGCAGUAACGAUCGCCCAAUCUGCCAGCAAUGCCAGGCCCGUGGAAAAGAUUGUGCCUAUGUAGAAACACUUAAGCUUCCUCGGCCAUCUAAGGCUCGCAUAUCCCGCUUGGAGGAAGAAAAUAGAUAUCUGAAAGAUUCACUGGCCAAUUUUGAGCAGGGGUUGAGGCCCCAACGAGUUGAAAAAACAGCUGAGUCUCAAACUUCAGCCGAGUUUGCAUCCAAGUCACUGGAAUUGAUGUCAGUGCACACGCCGGAAUUAUGGAAUGGACCAAGUAUCGAGGGACGCCAGAGUCUUCCCUGCUUAAGUACUCCACCGUUAGAUCCCCAGCCCUCCAGUCAGGUCGACACUGUUGCGCAAUCGCAUGGACCGACAAGUGCUGUCACUGAUGAGAUCACUUCAAAUCUCGAAAUGAUGAUUAAAGGGCCUUCUCACCAUGCUGAGGAGUUGGAAGCCCUUCGGAACGCUUUAUUUGCAAAUUCAGCCAGACUAAGUCAAAUGGAGAAAAUUAACUUCAAUUCCAGUCGAUUUGAUUUCGAUGGAGUAGAUUCUCGGGUCGCAAUGCGUCUCUUAUCUUUGUAUUGGGACCGUCAGCUCGACGUCGGCGCAGUUGUCUAUAGACCUACCUUUAUGAGGGAUAUGGCAUGUCAUGGGCCAUACUUCUCUAAACUAUUGCUCAACGCCAUUUACUUCACCGCCUCAAAAUAUUGUUCCCAUGAGGAAGUCUUCGAUGAUCGGACAGAAGCGCUGACAGCGGGUCGAAGAUUUCGGCGACGGGCGAUGGAAUUGAUUGGGGAUCACAUUACUAAAAGCGAGAUACCUACAGUGCAAGCGCUUCUUCUAUUGUCUCAUGCUUUGUUCAACUGGUGUGAUGAAAAGAGUUUGUCUUGGCUAUACUCUGGCAUGGCUAUCAAUAUGAUCAUAGAUCUGGGCUUACACACCGGCCAUAAAACCGACCCGAGAGUGGGUAAACUGGCCCCUGAAGAUAUUGAAGCUAGACAGAGAGUAUUCUGGGGUGCAUACUGUAAGGAAAUUCUUUCCCAUAUUAUUGGAGCCUCAAAACUCACCGCUUUCGAACUAGCUAUCGACAAGUUCUUGUCUUUAUAUCAGGGGAGGUGCAUUCGAUUGUGUGAUGCUGACACAAGCUUAUAUCCACGGUUCCUUGACGAAUUUGAAGAGUAUGAGACAUUACAGGCAUCAUCCUAUGCGAACGUCAACGAAGCUUCCGAUCUACCAGCCCAUAAUAUCUCAAUUCUGAAAGGCUACUGUUCUCUUUCCAUCAUUAUGUCUGGUAUCCUGGACACUCUAUACACAGAGCGCAGCACACUCAAGGAACCGAAUAGCCUGCUUGAGGCCUCAUCAUCUCUCUACCAUCGACUCAAAAAUUGGCUCAAGUCCCUUCCAUCCGUGCUGACCGACACAUUGUCGCAGAUGUCGAGGGGGAUUGCAUCCCCGCAUAUUCUCUCAUUGAGGGCAUUGUACCAUACGUUGGAAAUACUCCUUCACCGUCCAUUUGUGUCUGAUGGACAUUUGCGCGGUGUGUCGUUGUCUGCCGCACCUCUUGCAUUCAACACCUGUGUCUCGGCAGCUAGUUCAAUAGACAAAAUACUUACCUGCUACCGGGAAAUGUUCUCGACCAGAUUUGCACCAUACACUUUGUCUUACGCAACAUACGUCAGCGCCACAAUUCAUGCCAGAGUGGCUGCACAGAGCCCAUCGGACUCUCAAGCCCAUGCCUCACUCCAGAGGUGUGUUUCGACGCUUAGAGAGCACCAGGAAUUAUCAUUAGGACCAAAGAAAGCAUUGGGGGUGAUAAGAAACCUCAUGAGACGUGUCGGCAUUGAUGAAAACGACAAUUCCACUACUGAAAUCCCCGGUAACAUGACCACAGAAGGCUGUGCAACUAUUCCAGAAACAUGCGGUUUGUACGGUGGGAACUCAACUAGGAAUUAUACAGAUUCCGUCGCAAAUUUCUCUCAAUCUUUCCUUCCAAAUGAUGUACCUCCCAUUCCUUCAGAGUCAUUUGACUACGACAUGGAUUGCAUCUUUCAAACCUUCAACAUAGCCCAUGGGAGUGUUGUGCCACCCGUGCAGUGUUCUCCACCUCAGCAUAACGCGGAAAAGACUUGGGAAGCUAGCAUCCAAGAGCAACUAUCCGACUCGCUCCCAUUGGAUCCUCUAUACGGACUGGAAAAUAUUACUGGAUUUUAA